UAUUAAUAAGACGUUUAUCUAUAUUUACAGGUCACGAUGCUGAAGUGUUUUUAUAACAAAAAUGCCAAAGGAGCUCUAAGCAGAAAUGCGAAGAAAAGAGAACACGAUCUGGAGUUUAGUGGCAUUCCGGUACUAGGAUCUGAAGAUGUGGCAGUCACAUCCACUUUUCCAGACCCAAUCAGCCCUAAGAAAAAACUACAGAAAACAGUAACGUAUGAAGUGUUAGAAGACUAUACGCAAAUAUGCAGUGGAGUCUGCCAAACCCGAAAUUCUUUCCCAGAAUACUCUAUGGAAGAUAAUACUCUAACUGGCAGCAAAUAUAACACAGCAAUCAGUGGCCCAUGUGCGUACGAGUAUAAUACGGUGUCAUUUCCACGACUAUUAGAAAAUGUGCAAGAAUUUGGUAGUGGAAAUAAUUUAACAUCAACAAACAACGGUGCUCAUUCAUUUUCAAAUGAUUGGUCCAGGUUUACAAGAGCAGACUCAACAGAUACAGUUCUACCAGGUUUUAUGGACCAAAUACAUUGUAUUCAAUAUCAGCAAUAUGAACAACUUCCUUACAGAAUUUUAAACAAGUAGGGGGUGAUUAACCGACUUGUGAGUAUUUUUAGAAAGCAUGUGAUAAAUUAUAUUUGAAGUGACUGAGCGCUGCUUAUGUCUAGGACAGGUAUGGCUUUUUCUACAGAGUGAUUCACGCGUCAUGUAACUGAGCAUUAUUACCUGUUGUUUUAGAAUUAAAUAGGAUUCCAAAUACCUGGAUUUACUGGAACCACAGCCCGUUCAGAUUUUAGAAAAAUCCAAUGAUUGGUUAUCUUUUUUUCUGUAGUAAAAGUCCACAUUUAUUAUCAAGAAGAGUGAGAGAAUUUUAUUUUAUUGCUUGUCGUAUUUUAUUUUAACAAAAAUGAUACAGGGGUAAAAUAUUUCAGUAAAAUAA